AUCGUGUAUCUAUUACGAUUAUCUUUAUCAUCCAUCGCGUCUAUUCGUGUUGACUGCUGAGGGGGAAAAUAAGUCCGCCUGUUUGCUAGACCGGCUUUUGCGGGCUUUUGAUAUACGAUCGCGUCAGCGGCAGUUCAAUAAUCCUGCCUGGCCUGCCUGUCUCCUUCCCGGCCCAUUCUAAUUUUAUAUCCCACGCCCCCGGAUUGUUGGGUGUGUCAUCCACACCAUCGAGCACGCAAGGGGGGAUCCAACGGACCUGUCUCGGGGACAGCACCACAAGGCAAAUCACAUCCCCCCUUCAUCCUAGUAUCCAAUGGUCUCUAUGGUUGAGACCGCCAGUUCCACGCAAAAUGAACCGGCCUUGGACCCGGUCGUCCCCAAGACCGAGCCGUUGCCUGAAGGUUCGAUCAGCUCGGCUGUGUCAACGCCUGAGGCCGAGGGAGAGAUUCUGAUGCAGGACGUGGCCCAGACGCAGAAGCGAAAGGGUGGCAGAAAACCGAUCUACGCCACUUCGGAAGAGCGGAAGCAACGCAACCGCCAGGCCCAGGCCGCCUUCCGCGAGCGUCGCACAGAGUACAUUCGCCAGCUCGAGUCCACCAUCAAGCGCAAUGAGGAGUCCCUCCAGACCCUUCAGCAGAAUCAUCGCACCGCUGCCGAUGAGUGCUUGAUGCUGCGCUACAAGAAUUCGUUACUCGAACGCAUCUUGCUCGAAAAAGGAAUUGAUGUGCAAGCGGAACUGCGACUCAAGGCCGGGGCUCCUGGCGCGGGCGCGGGUAAGCCCACCCCGAUGGCGGCGAAGCCUCCCACCACCUUGGAGCGAGCUGCUGUGAACCGCACUUCGGCCCAAAGGCAUCCCGGCAUCGCUCCCAAGGAGCCGUUCAGCAUGGCUCAACACCGCGAUAAUGCAUACGGCAUCCCGUCGCCGCAGUUCCAGGCCACGCCUCCGUCCCAUGUCUCUUCCCCAUCCCACGCCAAGUCCCCGGGCUUCCCCUUCCAGGGAGCGAUGUCGCCUGUCGGGGUCGAUCCCCAAGCACAGCAGCGCUCGCAGAUGCUCUCGCACUCGCGGAAUCUCAGCCAAGCCUCACCCCCGAUGAGCAUCGGCCAGCCGGAGUCGACCGAUCCGAAGUCCGCUAUGCCGGGUGGUACGAAUCCCCGCGCUCCCCGCGUCCCCUCCGCGUACUACCCAUCGCCAUUCCAGAAGCACUAUGACCAACUGGAACAGGAAUACGAUGCCCAGGCCGAUAUGAUCGACGAGGAGCACGAGUCCGCGGUGGGUGCGUCGCCAUACGUUUCCGGCUACAACAACACCGCAUCCGUUCCUGCAGGCUCCCACCCCAUGGGGGCUCACGGCCUUAACCAGUAUAACCCCCACCCGGCGGAGGGGGCCAACGGCGCCUAUGGCAACACCAACCACCUCAUGGGGAACUACGAGCCGAUGUUGGAUGCGGAUCCGUUUGGGUUAAGCGCCAGCAUGCAUUUCCAGACACCAUUUAGUUACGAGCAGAAUAAUACCCGCCAUUAACCUUUUGUUUCCAUUUUUCGUCUCUCGUUCCGCACGUGUUGCCCCCCUGUCCCCAAGGUUGCAGGAACUGGGGGGUGGCGGCACUGUCGAAGGAGAGACAUGCUUGACGGAUUUCCUUCAUAGCUUUUUUUCUAUGACUGGAAGACAAAAGUUGAAACUUUGAAGCA